UAAUAUAUAAAUACAGCACACUGAAUUAAUGCGCGAUACGCUAGGCGGCGCCAGUCGCCGUGCGUUCAUCCCUCCCCUCGGCGAACUGUCAAAUCGGCGAGCGUUGUUUGUAUACGAAAUUAAUAUCGGGUGUUUGGCGUCGCUGACAGAUCCAAGUGUGUAUCCCGGUCGAGGUAGCCUGGUUCAGGGUCAGAAUGAGUCGUACGAUGGACGAGAAGGAGGAGCUGGUGAAGAAGGCCUUAUUUAGUUUCGUUAGGAAGCAGGUGCCAACCGCUCAGCUCAGCUUAAUAGAUGACAUUGUGCUCAGUUAUGUAGUGAGUAUGGUAGAAGAAAGCGCAUUGGAAGAGAAUUUAGACGUGGACGGACUGUGCGAAAUGGUGUCCGCCUGCCUUCCCGAGUUUUCCACUAUCGAGAAAGAGGCUGUGUCAAAGUGGUUGCUUGAUGUAGAGAGUAAACUAAAACAGGAGACUAAGGAGAACGAAAAUUGCCAGUCCCCUAGUGAUCCACUGAAUCACAUCAGCCUGACAGCUCUCUUGCCAGCUGGCGCACAAAGAAUGCGGGUACAUCAUCUCUCAGAAACGAGCGAUGCUGGAAGUGAUUCUAGCGGGGAAUACUUUUCGGAAGUAAGGGUGAGAAACGAAUCUUCUUGGCAUCAAGUGGCUUUGCUGCAAGAGAUGUUCCCGGCGGCGAGUCCCGCUGAAGCGAGGCAUUGUUUAGCGGUAGCUGGGGGUGAUAGCAAAGCCGCGCAACUCGCGUUACAUCGUCAGGAGGCGGGUCAGAGUAUCGUCAGCAACCUUACGUUUCUAACGGUAAAAUUUCAUGCGAGGGUGAACGACGAGGAGUUAAAGUCUCGUAUCAUAGCGCGGUACAGUUACGUCGACAGGGACGACGAUUGCCGCGAGCACCGCCCGGUUGCGCCGAAAACGGAGCCCAAGAAACUGGUACGGUAUCUCGACAAUAAGAUUGUAAGUGUGAAGGGUGAACGUUAUACGGAAGUGCGAAGGGGCGGCGAGGACGAGGACGGUAACGAAGGUAGUAGGAAGAGGGGCCAUUGACCGUCCGUAACCAGU